UGUGAGGGGGUUUCCAGCACUGGCACCCACCCAAUAAUGGGCUUCCUCAACAUCUGAUGCGUCGAAUUUAAUCAAUUAAUUGCAUUCAGUCGCACACAAUUGGUUUAUCUUUGCCUCGCUGGGCAUUAUUUUAUCCCUCGCAAGUUAAGUGGGCGUUAGGCGAGCAACAGUAGCAGCAGCUAGCUAGCAAGCAAGCUAGGCGUUUCAGCAAUACGCGUGCAGAGAGUUGCUUCAUCUGGGAGUUGCUUUACCAAUGAGAAGUUGUUGUUAAGUACUUGCUCCGACGACGAAACUCGUUUGUCUCGGCAACAACACGAAGUCGCUUUCAACAAAAAAGGUUGCUUAAUUUAAUCAACAAAGCACUAUAACUUCGAACACGACGUUAGUUCAACAACGGAACGUCGCUUUGACAAAACACGCAUGCGACCCACCAAACCAAAAAGUUGCUUCAAACUCGUCCGCGAAAGUUGACGUCGACGGUAAAUUAAUUCAGCACCGCACGCGCGCCUGCACCGACUUAACACCGUUAACACAAUUAUUUUAACAACACCAAUUUAUUCGGCGCAGAGGUCGCGUCGACACCGCAGGUUGUUUCCACCGGCAACACAAAGUUGCUUCAACAACAACAACCACAACAACAACAGCAGCAGCUAUGGGCCCUCUCGCCCUGGCUGCCUUGGUCGCGCUCGCCCAGCACGCCUUCUGCUCCAAGCUGGGCAACGAGUUCAGCUCGUGCCACGCCGCUCCGAGGCGCAUGUGCCAAGCCUCCAAGGACUCGUGCGAGCCCAGGUGCACGGGCUCCGCUCCUGUCCUCCUCGAUGUCUACAUGGAGUCGUUGUGCCCAGACUGCCGGGAUUUCUUCAGGGGCCAGCUCUACGGCACUUGGCUGCUGCUGGGAGACAUCAUGAACGUCACAUUGGUGCCGUACGGCAACACCAGGGAGCAGUCGGCAGGAGACCAGUGGAACUUCACUUGUCAGCACGGCCCGAAUGAAUGCAAGGGGAACAUGCUGCAGGCAUGUCUGAUCUACUUCUUGCCGGAUAGCAAUGAUCAUAUCCCCAUCUUCAAUUGCAUGGAGUCUGCUGCUAACCCCAUUACAGCUGCCGAGCAGUGUACAGCCAUGCUGGCUCCCAAGCAGAACUGGCAGUUGGUAGAGAAGUGUGCCAGUGGCCCCCUGGGAAAUAAACUGAUGCACAAAAAUGCCCAACGUACAGACGCCCUCCACCCUGACCACAAAUACGUGCCCUGGAUCGUCUUCAAUGGGGAGCACACGGAGACGCUUCAGAAUAAGGCUGAGAAUGCCCUGCUUGCCCUUGUGUGCGGCGCUUACAAGGGCCAGUUGCCAGCAGUGUGUGGGAAGUAAAUUGAAGCAGACUGCUCCACAGUCUCCUGGCGCCAUCCACUGGUGCCAGAAAUAUUUUUGACUGCAAUGUCAUUAUAUUCUUGGUUCUUUCGGUAAAGUCGCGUAGAAGGGAAACAAUUAAAUAAUAAAAAUAUAAACCAAUAAAACUCUCACGACGUUUCGACUGCAACACAAGCAAUCAUCAUCAGGUGUGAAAACAACGUCAAGAAAAUUUGAAAAAAGUGUUUUUUUUUACAUUAGCACCACGGAGAGCGAUUUGGCAGUUUAUUCAGGUGGACGAGUUCAUCUAUGUUCGAAUAUGAAUCCCUGCAGUCACGAAAGCUUUAAAUCAAAAUGCAAUGUCAUUGUUUAUGCUUUGUAAAUAUUAAUCGAUAGCAAUAGUUAACAAAGUGUUGAUUUGCUUUGAAAUGUAACCAAACUGAAUGCUCAAUUGUGUCAGAGAAACCUCCUCCCUUCAUAAGACCAAACUGGAUUUUUGCCAAGUGUCUUCGUUGGAGUGGCAAGUUGAAUGCGAGCCAUUGCAGAUGUCGUUGUGUAUGAUCUGUGUGCCUGGUGAAACCUGGGUAAAUCACAAGUUAGUUGGGUGACCUUAAGAUUUAGGAGGGGGAUGUACGGUAAAAUUUAUACCAUUCGACAGAAAAGGGAUCUUUGGCAAUUAAUCACAUCUUCAAGUGCUCUUUGAUUCUUAGUGGUUGGUAAUUGUAAUUGGACAAUGCAACAUUUAUCCAAACCUCAUCUGCAUAUAAUAGAUGUUCUGUGAAAAUUAAGUUGUCCUUUGGAGGCUCUCAAGGCACUUUUAGUGGAGCUGGUCAAUAACUAAUCACUCCGUUUAUACUUUAGUUAUCAGUUCCUGCCUUUGCGUGUCAACGUUGCUAGUAAUAGUCAGAUCUUGCGGUGGGAAGAGAAGCAAACAUCACUUGUCGCUACAUGCAGCUGAUGUGAAUUGUCAUGAUUACUGUUAUUACAUUAUGAUUCGAAGUUGGUGUUAAGAUCAAUGGAAGAGGUGCAGACCAUGAAAACGUUGUAUGGUGCUGUACUUAAAAUAAAAUUUCCACAAACCUUUGCGACGUCUUGA